AUGACAUGUAAUCUACAGAAAAUUGAUUUUGGCGGAUUAACUCAGAUGUGUUGGAAGUCAGGGAGAUUACAUAAAUCAAAUGGUAUUAAAACCCCGAAAAGGGGAGCUCUAUUUCAAAAGGAUUUAAAGAAUUACUUAUGCAGGUAUAAGAAGAAGCCACUAAAUGAAUUAUCUAAGUGUAUUGAUGAAUACGACUUUCUGCCAGUUAAUGUAGAAUUGAUAGCAUCAGCUCCUGGAUUUUUUAAUAUGGCAGAAGCAACUGAUGAAAGUGAAAUAUACGGUUAUGGGAAGUUAUACCAAGUUUUACGGAGGAAUAACUUAUUGAUAGAUAAUUCGAAGCGAGAAAAUAAAUAUAACGUAUUAGCCCAAGUAUCAUCUAUUUCAUACCCAUUUGCUACAGAAAAACUGAAUACAGCAUCAAUUUUUUCACAUUUAUUGUGUCCUCUAAUAUUCUCAGGAAUGUCUAGAGUAUCAUUCAAUUCAUUAAAGCCAGGUGCAGAGCUGUUUAAAAAAAAUCAAAAUACGCAUAACUAUAAACCUCAUAUAUUAUAUCCUAGCGUAGAGGAUGUAGCUAAUAGCAAUGUUGGUUUUGCGUCUGGACAAGCACUUCAUUUUAAAUAUACAACAACACCAACUCAUCGGAAUCAAUAUGAGCAAAAUAUCAAACCAUAUUUGUACCGAUGGCAAUCUGGAUCAUCUAAAGAUGAGACAGGAAGAGAAAAUGUAGUACCCCAUGUUAAGUUAUAUAUGUGUGAUAACGGCGACGAUUGGUCUACUUUAAGAUGGGUCUUAAUGGGCAGCCAUAAUCUUUCUAAACAGGCGUGGGGAGCCAAGAACGGAGCUAAGUUUACAAAUGGAGACCCUCUGAUAUAUCAAGUGUCCAGCUAUGAACUAGGAAUUUUAAUUCCAGGAAAUGUGAAUCAAAAUAAAAGAGAACAUACAUUAAAACCAGUUUAUGGCAGUGAUACUUUCCCUACAGGAGAGAGGAAUAACUAUAUACCUUUGAGAAUGCCAUUUAAAUUACCUCCUGUAAAAUAUCAGUCUUCAGACAGACCUUGGAGUGCCAUAAUUAAUUACGGAAACAACCCGAAGGAUAGAUUUGGCCAAUGUUACUAUGGGCUCGAUACUUAA